AUGCCUUCAAGAAAUUCUGUUAACAAACCAAAGGGCAAGCUCCAAGCGGCCCACAGGAGCAAUGUGAUUUCCAAGAAAAAGGCCUACCGUGCUAACCGCGUCGUCCCAACUAGAUCUUCGAACGGUAGAUACAACACAGACACUGCACCAAGACCAACCGAUUCCAAGGCUUUAGCCUUAUACAGCGGCGGGCUCGCUUCUACAGGCAAUGGAGUCACUACCACCACGUUAUCCAAGAAAAGAGCGAAGAAGAUUGAGCGUAACAAGAGAUAUGUGGCGAAGAGAAAUGAGCAGUUGAACAUUGAUCUCGCUGUCAAACAAGAGGGCAUGGAUAUCGACAUGGAACCACAGGGGAAAAGAGUGAAGCCUCAAAAGGCUCCAACCACUUUGGACAAGGUGAAAGAGGCUCUUUGGGCUGCUGUGGAAGACAGCACGUCUGGCGACAUGGGAUUGAAUGUUCUGAGCGAGGGCACCACCAUUGGAAUCCAAGCUUUUUAG